AUGCCAUCAUUGUUUUACACAAUUACAAAAUACAGAAUAGUUUGCUUAGGAUUUACAGUUCUAUUAUCUUUAACAAGCAUUUUAUUAUUAUUUGUACUGACAAAUUCAAAUAAUUCGCUUUGGAUUCCAUGGCCCUAUCAUUAUUUUUCAGGAUCUAAAUCGCAAAAUAUUAAUAUAAAUCAAGACAUAAGUUCUUCUUUGGAUACCAAUAAUUCUUCAUAUAAUACUACUCCUGAAAUCGAAUCAUUUACACCAUCUGUAACAUCGAUACCAUCUACAUCUAUAACUUCAAUAUCAUCUGUAUCAUCUGUACUAUUGAUACCAACCAAUCAACUUCAGAUUCCUACACAAAAUCCAAAAUUAUUCAAUCUUAUUCUUCGAAAUGAAACGGGAUCACCAGAUGGAUACAUAAGAUCUGUUCUUACAAUAAAUAAUAAAUUUCCAGGCCCAACUAUUAUAGUAAAUAAAGGCGAUAAAGUAAGAAUAAAUAUUACGAAUUUAUUAGGUGUCUCAACAAGUUUACAUGUGCAUGGAAUUGAUCAACAUAUUAAUCCGUUCAUGGAUGGAGUUCCUUAUGUUACUCAGUGUCCGAUUAAAAACGGUUCUAGCUUUGUUUAUUCAUUUGAUGCUCUUAAGAGUGGAACUUACUGGUAUUAUUCAUCUUUCGAAACGCAACGAAUUGAUGGUUUAUAUGGUGCACUCGUUGUUGAAGAUCAGAACGAUCAAACAUUAUUCGAUUAUCAAAAAGAGAAUAUAAUCCUUUUAUCUGAUUGGUAUCAUGAUGAAGGUUCAGAACUGUUGAAUUUUUAUCAAUUUGGUGGUGACAAUUCUUCCAUUAUCGAGCCUAUUCCAAAAAAUACGAUAAUAAAUGGAAAAGGUGUAUUUAAUUGCGAAAAAUAUAAAUUCAAUGAUCCUAAGAGAGAAAACUGUGAUUCAUAUCUUGGAUCUAUCGAAUAUUUUUAUUUUGAACCCAACAAAAAAUAUCGACUUCGAAUCAUAAAUACUAGUGCGAUGACAUCAUUUUUCUUUUCAAUCGAUGGUCAUACUCUUCAAAUAGUAGAAGUUGAAGGAACAUUAACAAAACUCUCAAAACCUUAUCAUCGUAUUCCAAUUCAUGUGGCUCAAAGAUACUCAGUAAUUCCAAAUAGAUUACCUAAAUUUAUGAACACAUCAAGUUUCAUGAUUAGGGGUGAAGUUAACAAAAAUUCAUUUCAAUCAUCCUCCUUAGAAACCAAAAAACUUGGUGAUGUAAUAGCUAUUUUAAGAUACAAUAAUGAUGAUUUUGAUUAUCCUGCUACUUCUUCUUGGAGUUAUUAUGAGAACAAUUAUUAUGAUAAAAUGAAAAGUUUUAAAUUGGAGGACAUGGAUUCUUUUGAGUUGGAACCUUUAAUUGAAGAAAAUAUUCCAACAAAUACUCUUUUAUAUGAAAUGACAAUGAUUAUAUCUCGAUUCUAUAAUGUUACAAAUAACGUUACAAAUAAUGUUACAAAUAAUGUUACAAAUAAUACGACUAAUCAAAACAUUAAUGUAUUUAAUCAAGAUGGGUUAAUUGAUGGUGCUAUAUAUUCUUCAAUUUGUUCAAAAAUUAGAGGAUCUUAUGUUUAUCAACCAAAUAAAACUACUUCAACUAUUAAAGAAGUUUUAAAAGAAAGUAUAAAAAAAUUUGAUCAUUAUUGGAAUGCUUAUGUAUUUAAAAAAGGAAAUGAAUCCACUCCCUAUAACAGCAGUAAAGGAUUAUCAUAUACUACUGCUAACCUUAUAAAACGAGAUACAGUGACCAUACCAGCUUUAGGGUGGACAUUGAUUAGAACCAGAAUUAAUCAUCCAGGAAUUUGGGCCUUUGGAAAUCCAAUAAUGUGGCACUUAAAUACAGGAAUGAUGGGUCAGAUCGUUGAGUUACCGUCAAAUCUUAAACAAUCGAUUCCGCCUAAUGAAUGGUGUAAGUUGUGUGAAUCUUACGAUUUAAAUGUUUGUAAUAAUGGAAUGUUUUAG